AUGACCGGUGCAGAUAAGCUACUGGAUGUGCCAGAGAUGUGGAGUUACAUGCACUGGAGCGCGGCCGUGUUCUGCGCGGUGGGCGGCUGCAAUCAUCUCAACUGCCACGGCGGUCCCUUCCGCGUCGCGUUGGUGUGCAGCGAUUCGAGGAAAAGGAAACCCACGAUUGCCGCCGUCUACUCGUCGGAGACUGAUGCGUGGAGCGAUCCGACCUACAUUGGUCCCCCAUAUUGCUUUGUCAUGCUGAGAAGACGAAGCGUCCUCCUGGGGAACGCGUUGUACUUCCUCUGCGGCAGGAACAGUAUCCUAGAGUUCGACAUGGCCAGGAUGAGGUUAGCGGCGAUCCCCUCGCCGCCGUUCGUGGACCAUGUGUACUCGUGCGGCACUUGCCUCGUGACGGUGGAGGGCGGCGGGCUGGGGUUCGCCGCCAUCGUGGGCCAGUCCAGACUCCACCUGUGGUCCAUGGAGGAGGCCACUGGUCGAUGGAACCUCUGCGCAGUCAAGGAUCUCGAGACGCUGCUCCCCCGCUAUGCAAUCUCCCCGAUGAUUGCGUUGAUUGGCUUCGCCGAAGGCGUCCGUGUCAUCGUCGUCAGAAAGCGUACUGGCAUCUUCACCAUUGAACUGGGAUCAUCUGAACGAGCCAUGGAGGUGACGACGAGAAGUGAAAUCAACGUUGCUUUUCCUUUCAUGAGCUUCUGCACUCCAGAUCAUUCUAGAGACAGAUUGCCACCGGCAGAAUGAUCCUGCCGCUUACAGCCAUACACGAACCUGCUGCCGUUGGCUUCCUACAGAGCUGAUGCUUGAAGUUCCUUCUUCUGAUACGCAAUUUAAGCAAAGAAAAGAGUUCACUAAUGGUGACCAAUUUAGUUAGUUUUUCCUGUUUUGCAGUCUUACUGAGAGAAGGGUUAAGUAAUGAACUAAUGAUGGUCAUCUGACUAGCUUGUAGAAAAGAGUGAGACUUAUUAGUUAACUACCAUGUCUCUUCUGGCCGGUAUGGCUGGUAAAUUUUUUUUAUCCGUUGCCUUCCUUUUAGUUGAGUCCAG